AUGUUACUUACAUGGAUUAAUAUAUAUUAUAAAUGCCAACUGACCGUCAAUCAGUCCACAUCUUCAUCUUGGGAACAUAAUUCAUCUCAAACGGAGAAAUUAGGAAGCACUUUGACGUAUUCUACUGAUCGAAAAAUGAAACCAAUGUAUAUUUUUGUGCAUGCUCCAAAAACGGGUGGAACAAUUAUUCGUGUAAUUUUAAAUCAUUGGUGUCUUGCUACUAACAAAAUUUGCAGAGAACUUAUUAUCGCAGACCAGUAUGGUGAUAUACGAGAACUUCGCGCAAUGAAUGCAUCAGAACUUAAUCAAAUUGACGUGCUUAUAGGACACAUUCCAUAUGGAGUCCAUCACAUGAUGAAGUUGAAGCGACCAGUCAAAUAUAUAACUAUAAUUCGAGAUCCUGUUCAACAGACAAUUUCCGCUUUUCAUUUUCGAAGAUAUUCUGCUCAUCACCUUGCGGGAGCGUUCGCUUUACAAUCAGUAAUACAUCAGUUAAAUAAUACAUUACAAUGUGGAACUACAUCACUCGAUUGUACUUAUGAUAAAUUUCAGUUAAAUCAUAAUCGAAAUGCCGUUAUCAGUUAUUUAACUAGAAAUCAAACUUCAUUCCCUAAUGCGAAAGGAUGUUUCGCUGGUCUUGGAGGUACAGAAGGAUGGUCCCAAUUCGCGAACGCUGUCGUCAAUCAGGCAUGGAAAUCUGACUGUAGAGGAUCUCUGGAUCAGAUACUAGGAGAGUCUUUUCAACAGUUUUUGAAAGCAAGUAUCGACUCACAGUUAAUUCAGAAAGACUAUGGAUCACGAUGGACUUUUGGGAACAAUCCUGUUACUACUUUGUUCUGUUGCUAUCAUUUUUGGGAAAAUACUAUUUCAGAAAAAGAUCAGAGAGAACAAAGGGCAAGAUGUCCGCAUAUUCGAAAUGACAAAACCAAAAAUUGUGCACUUGACAAUAUGAACCAAAUUGACUUAAUACUUAUCAAAGAACAAACAAAACUAUCAUUACAGCUUUUGGAAGUUUUCUUAAAUUGGACUAUACCAGCAGAACUAAAACGAUUGCGUAUAAACGAAGCAGUCUAUGUAACUCCAAAACCUCCUCCAAUAAAGUUUGAAGAUUUGGUUUUUGCUGAGAAAUUAACAAAGCUUGAUCGCAUCAUUUAUCAAACUGCUGUAUUGAAAUUUUGGACAAAUGUCCACUCCCGUGAAUUACUUUAA